AUGACAUAUGCUCCUGCUAAGAGUAAGGAGAGUGGGGGAGGGGGCAAUCCGUGCUCGAAGGAAUCUUGCAAGAAUGGUGGAACUUGUUACAGCGGUUCUGAGCGCUGCAGUUGUCACUGGGGAUCCUCUGGAAAUGACUGUCGCUUUGAGGGGUGCAAUAGAUCUCUUGGUAUUCUGAGCGGUGAAAUCAAAGAUUGGAGGAUCAAACCCAGUCCUGUGAGCCUGCUUCUUGAAGCGACAGGAGGAGCGGGGGACACUUGGAAACCCUACUGGUUUUAUAGAGACCUAUGGUUUCAGGUUGAACUCCAUAAUGGAUACACCUGGGUUACUGGGAUAGCGACACGAGGAAGGCUGAUUGCAUACGCGCUGCGUUAUUUUGGCUACAGAGUUCGGAUGCAGUGGUACACGGAGAGAGGACAAAGGCAUGCCAAGAUUUUCACUGGAAAUAGACACAAAUCUUUUGUUCGCAACAAACUUAAGACACCCAUCAGAGCUAGAUUCUUCCGUAUCUAUCCAUUGACUUGGAGAGGAAAGAUAAAAAUGAGGAUGAAGCUGUAUGGUUGUAAAGACUUAUGUUUGAACAUGCCAUGUAAGAAUGGAGGCAAAUGCGUUCCUGAUUAUAUCAACGAGAACUACACAUGCGUUUGUCCUGAUGGAUUUUACGGUGAUACCUGCAGAUUAGGUGACUUAUGCAAGCUUAGUAAACCUUGCUUACAUGAAGGUAACUGCUCAGCAGUCAGAUCCUGGCCUUACUUCAAAUGCACAUGUCCUUCCAAUUACACUGGUUUCGACUGUGGGUUCAAGAUAGGUGAUCCAUGCAAUAAUAGCUUUUGUCGUAACAAUAGCACAUGUCAGCGUAUAGAAUCCUGGCCGUACAGCCAAUGUGAUUGUUCUUCUGGAUACGCUGGUUUUAAUUGUGGAACUGAGAUAGUUCAUAACUGUCAGUCUCAUCCAUGUCUGAAUGGAGGAACUUGCUCACAGGAUGGCACAGGAUAUUUCAGAUGUAGUUGUCCUGCACGAUUCUUUGGCUAUUUCUGUGAAUAUAAACGAGUUCAUAACUGUCAGUCUCAUCCAUGUCUGAAUGGAGGAACUUGCUCACAGUAUGGCACAAGAUAUUUCAGAUGUAGUUGUCCUGCACGAUUCUUUGGCUAUUUCUGUGAAUAUAAACAAGAUUAUGUGUGUUCCGCCAACCCUUGUCUCAAUGAAGGAACCUGUACACCAAAUAACAAUUCACUGGGUUUUGAAUGCAGCUGCCCUUCCGGGUAUAUUGGAUUUAAUUGUGGCCUUCAAAGAGGCAAUCCGUGUUCAGAUUCAGAUAACCCCGAACCUUGCAAAAAUGGCGGAAACUGUACGCAGCAGGAUACUGCUUUGGGAUACACAUGCAAAUGCACAACGGAGUAUAUUGGGUUUAACUGUGGCUUUCUAAAAGACGAUCCUUGUUUUCCUAACCCUUGUCGAAACGGUGGAAAUUGCUCCAGAGACAUUAGUCUGAAGGAUUUUAUUUGCAAUUGCACCUUUGGAUUUAUUGGUAAAAGAUGUGAGAGCAAGAUAGUUCAUGGUAAUUGGAGUCUGUGGACGCCAUGGCCGAACUGUAACAAGCCGUGUAAUAACGGAACACGAAAAAGGAGGCGUGCUUGUGAUAACCCCAGGCCAGCUUUUGGUGGGAAAAACUGCACAGGGUUAACCUAUGAGUCCGAGCACUGUAACCAAGAAAAGUGUCCAGCGGAGAAUGUAAAAUACCAGGUUAAACUAAGAGAUGAAACAUGGCAAAAUUAUCUUGCGGAGCUAGGAAGUACAAAAUACGUGGAACUUGCGAAUCGAACUAAAAAAGCUGUUAAGGACUUUUACCACAAGAGGAAUGAAAAUGUUAAAGUUGAUGAGCUCAAGUUCAAGAAAGGAAGUGUAAUUUGUAGUUUUAACGUCACCUACGAGAGCAUAGACUCGCUACAGAUCGUCUCUUUCCUGGAGGAAAUAGCAGGAGGAUUACUGGGGGACAUUCCAGUUGAGUUAGACAAGAUCGAAACCAAUAGCGUACCCAAACGAGCUCCUGUGGUUUUGGAAACCAACAGCACAAAAUCGACGAGUAUUGUCAUAAAGUGGAGGCAAAAUCACUCCAACCCAACUCUGGGUAACAUGAUCGUCUACAAAGAAGCUAACGAAAAGUUCAAGACUAACACCAUGAAGUCAGUUCCACUCGAUGCAUCUGAAGCGAUCCUGGAGGAUUUGAAAAAGUUCACAAAUUAUACCAUCCGUGUGUUUGCCUUUUCGAGUAAAGGCAAUGGGGUGCCAAGUGACGCUGUCAAUGUAAGAACUCAAGAAGAUGUGCCAAGUGAGCCACCCCCUGACAUUGUUGUCAAAUCAACAAGUUCAAGUACAAUUCAUGUGUCCUGGGGGCCAAUCAGCCAAGCUUUCGUACACGGGAUACUUAUGGGAUACGAAGUUAGUUACGCAAAGGAUGAAGAGUCAUCGGCAUGGGACAACAAGACACUUGAUGCCAACGAACAUGAAACAGUUUUAAGUGACCUGGAAUAUUUCACUCCGUACAAAGUUGUGAUCUGCGCGAGAACAUCUCAAGGAUGUGGAAAAAAUGUCUCUCGCAAUGCUACCACAUUUGGUGAUGUACCUAGUAAGCCUCCACAAAACGUGACAGCUGAGAGAUUAAAGGCUGCAGACUCCAUCAACGUCACCUGGAAUGAAGUGCCGUUUGGUCACGUGAAUGGUCUGUUGAUGGGAUAUUCCAUAAAGUACCGAAGGGUGAAGACAGCCGAGAAAAAUGUAGUUCACUUGGAGGAGACGGCCAUAGCAAAAUCAACUGAUUUCUGGAUGGUACUCAAUGUUCAAACCUACUCGGUUUAUAAAAUCGAAGUGGCGGCUUUUACUCAAAAGGGCCUGGGGCCUUAUAGUGAAUAUAUCUAUGGUGAAACCUGUCGCUGUCCAAAGACUCUUUACACGAACUAUUGGUCAACCCCGCCGUAUCUAAAAGCGAAUCUAAAAGGAAACACUCUGGAUGGCAUUUUUAGUCACAUUGUCACAGAUAUGAUUUAUUCAGCUUGUGGAGAGUGUCCUGCAUACGGUUUCACCGAAAUCAACUUGACUUCAAACGGAAAUGGACAGCGAUCCGGCAAGGAAAGCCUUGUAGACGUUCUUGGUGACAUCGAUGAAGUUCCACAAAUAAGUUUUCCAAUGUACGGCAACAGAUACGUAACAAGAUUUGGGGGCGUUCACCCUUAUGUCAACCUCGUGGAGUCCCCUGGGUUGGCUUUUGUCGCCGCCAAGAGGACUCCAGGAGCAGCUGCAAGAAACAUUGUAAGCGCUGUGUUUUCGUGCUUUCCUCUGGUACUACUGUCUGCAUUUAUGGCCUUUCUUUCCGGGUUCAUUAUAUGGCUUUUGGAUAUGAAGAACAACCCAGAUCAGUUUCCAGCCUAUUUUAGCAAAGGUAUCGGCGAAGGAUUCUGGUGGUCGUUCGUCUCCAUGACUACCGUUGGUUAUGGAGACCGUUUCCCCUCUUCUGUUCCUGCCCGUAUUUUUGGUAUCGCAUGGACCCUCACUGGAAUCGUUAUUAUCUCAAUUCUUAUUAGUGCGAUUGCAUCGGCGCUGACGAUUGUCAACGUUCCAUACCCAAUCAAAUUGUACGGUGCAAAGAUUGGAGCAAUUCAAAACUCCACGGAACAUCGAAUUGGCACCCUAAAGAAUGCAAUAGUAAAUGAAGAAAAGAAAUAUAAAAAUCUUGAAGAAAUUCGUGCAGCGCUCGAGGAUGGAGAAAUUGAGGGUGCCCUUAUAGACACGUACGUUGCUGCAGAUCACAAGAGCGAACUUUUCAGUGACAGAAUCUAUGUGAAGGAGAUUUUGGACCAGCCACUUGGCUAUGGAGUUGUUCUUUCAGGAGCAGCAGUGAAUGUGGAGCAGAGAUGUCGGGACUUCAUCAACCUGCACAUGAGUAAUAUAUUCCACAUGAUAACCAUCUCGACAAAGACACUUGAUCCUGCUCCUCCAGAUGAAAAUGUGGAAUCAAGUACAGACUUGUUCGACGGUUCCUCCGUUAUGUUCCGCAUGGCCUUAGCUUCCUUGUCUGGAAUGCUUGGAUUAGCAAUCAUUGCUGGGAUAACUUACCACUAUCUGAUUUUCGUUCCACGCCAAAAGAGAGUUGACAGGCUAAAAGCAUCUUCAUCCCAACUUGCUCAGAAAAAAGCCCUAGUUGCAGAAAUGAGAGAUUUUGUACGCAUUUUUCACUCACAGAUGUCCACUCGAAUAUCUUCAGAGAUGGAUAAGUGUAAACAAGUAUUAAGAGACAUAAGAGAGGAAAGAAACAUUUCUAAACAAGGCGGUGCACUUUUAUUAAACAAUGUUAAAACUAAUCCAAUCUACUCAGAUGCGUCUGAGGGAUGUGAUUCCGUUGUGGCACAGCGACCUUUGGUAUUCAAAUCAGCGAAGAGUAUUGAAGAGCUUAACAAACAUAACACUUUUGUAAACACUGCUGCCCUAAAUUCUUCCGGAGAAAACUUGAGCCUUGAGAGUGACUCUGAUAACUGUACGAAAUGAAGUAACUUUGUGUUAGGUUACACGAAGACCUCAAUAAUAUAAUGACGACAAAGCUCAGAUCAGUUGAUGGAUAAGAUGGUGCUCAUGUUGCUAUGGUAAUUUUACAGGGUUUAGGAGAUGUUUAUAGCGGUGGUCUUUGACAGUUAGGCAUUCUAUGUUAUUUCGAUCUUUCACCGUGACGCGACAAGCAUUAAUAGUAUAGAUUUAUUGAAGCUGUUUAAGUAACUCCAAGAGCAUUUGCUUUGAAAUA